AUGGCCUACGACUCUCCAUUCUCAACGCCGGCGAGCACCCCACUCCGGCUGCAGCUAAUUGAUCUUUCAACUCCGUGGUCAGAUGUCAGUCUUGAGGAGCGAGGAUCACCCAUUCGAAUUGUGAAUUUUGAUCAUGCACACAGCGUUACUCGCAAGACACGAUUCCGUCGCUACCACAGAGCAAUCUGGCCUGCAGUAUUCUUGGUUAUUGGUAGCUUGUGGUUUUGGGGCGGAAACCCAGAAGCCCAGACGAGAGUGGACCAGAAUCUCGCGCCCGAUAUUGAGGGACUGCAGUUUGUCGAUGUUAAUCAUCCUGGCAUUCGAUUUGUCGGCCGCUGGACAACGACCUCGGAUGGAGCUCGAAAGGAAGGCUCAUUUCCAGGUGUUUAUUUUGACUUUGCAUUCAAUGGCACUAGAACAGUACUUCUGUCCCUCCACAAUUCGGAUCCGUCAGGCGGUACAGCGGCGAUAGAACCUUCGAGCGACGCACCCACUUUGGCAUUCUUGCCGUCGACGAAAUUAUCAAGCGCCGAGCCGAUCUCGUUGCUCGUCAGAGUGGAUGACAAUGAGUAUAUUGUGCUACCAAAUGCCACCUCAAUUACAACAAUACAAAAUGGAAAAUUGGAUGUACAUUCUCGUCAUAGUAUCCGAAUCAUCGCACCAAUGGUAAGAGAAAACGCAGUAGAAACAUUGCAAGUCAAAGGCAUCUAUAUAGAUCAAGGUGGUCAGCUGCUACCGUUUGCCGAUACAUCUGGGCCUGCACUGGAAGCUUUGGUCUCUUCGCUCCAGCAUGGACAGGCCACUGGGGAGGUUGUCACACAGCCACCAGAGAAGAUGCUUGAAAUUGUUACAGAUCUGCCGGGAUCUAUGGCAGGACGGGACAGACGCAGAAAUAUCGAAACAGCUCGCGGAAUACUUGGUGGCGUUAUGGGAUGGGAAUAUUUGCUCGGGGAGAUGUUCGGAUCAGACCAUGUAAUGAUAGGAAUGGAUGGAAUGUGCCUGAUUCAAGAUUGUAUAGGGGGUAGAGGUAGUCCUGCUGGGCUUGCAGACGUUUUCUUUCAAAGCGGUCCACUUGGCACAGAGCAAUACGCACACCCUUGGCUCUUCCAAGCGUAUAUCCCAGAUGCCAUGGUGCUGAAUAUUGGAAGUUCCGAUUGGGACUCCUUCCAGAUUCAUAGCGAUAGAUACAACAGGACGACCUGGGAGUUAAGUGUCGCCUUCGAAGACACUUACAUUGCCUUGGUGAAGGCUAUUCGAACGUUGGCAUACCCAACGUAUUCUACCACGACUGUUGACUCGUCUCGAUACGUUUAUUCGCCAACGAGUGCCGCAGCUGAGCUCCCGAUCUUCGUCAUGAGACCGUUUCGCGGCCAGCUCGAGCAAGCCACACACGCUGUUGUUGAGCGUCUUCGAAGAGAAGGAGAUAGGUCAAUAUUUUGGCUCGAUACUUCAGGCUGGCUGAACACAGAAGUGGAUUUCGAAGGGAAGGCAGAGGAGCAAGACUUCUUUCUCGAUGCAAAGAGCGAAACGAAGCAAUGGCGAUUGACAGAACGAGGUAAUCAACGCGUCGCGAUUCUCCUCCAUUUGCACGUCUGUCGAUAUCUCGCGCGAGACGCCGAAAAAUGCGCGUUUCUUCCUCCAGAAGUGUACCAAGGAAAGCUACCGGAUCCUCAAAUUAUGCGCUUCGACGAAUAUGUAGAGGACGAAAGAGAGCGGAGGAUGAAGAAAUUGUUUUGGGACUGA